CUCAGGAGCCUCUCACACACACAUACACACACACACACACACACACACACACACUGAGCUGGGCCUGGACACGCAGAUACAGCCGGCUGCCAGAUCAUCAUCAGUGCACCUCCUCAGAGUGAGGCCAGAUCACCGUCAUGGAGCUCCACAGCGCGCAGAGACCCCUCCGCCUCCACAGCAGCCACAGCCUGACCGAGGAGAAGCACGCGAUGCUGAACCUGAACCACCGCCUGGAGGCCUACCUGAGCCGGGUCAAACUCCUGGAGGAGGAGAACACUCUGCUAGAAAAACAGAUCCAAACUCUGAGGCGCAGCGGUCAGGGGGCCUCUGGGAGGAGGAGGGGCCUGCAGGAGGAGCUGCGGCAGGUGAGACUGGAGGUGGACGCAGCCUGGAGGGACAGGGUCCUCACAGAGCUGGAGGUCUGCAGGGUGGCCGAGGAGCUCCGAGCCCUGGACCUGCAGAGGCAGAAGGAGGCUCAGGCUCAUGUGGAGGCCAAGAAGAAAGUGGAGCAGAGCAGGAGGGAGCUGGAGGAGGAGCAGCGGGCGCAGGUGUGGCUGAGGGAGAAGGUCAAUCAGCUGGAGCACGAAAUGAGGCUCCUAAUUCAGACCCACCAGAAGGAUGUCGCCCACCUGGAGGCCAAACUGAGCCAGUCCAGAACCACGAUGCCUCCCACAAUGACCCAAAGGAGCAACCAGACUCCAGACCUCCUCCAGUUGGAGCAGGAGCUCUCCCAGAGGGCCAGCAGGGCCUGGCAGGAGGCGGCGGAGGCGUAUCAGGGGCAGUUAGAGCGCCUGGAGGAGUCGCUGAACCAGACCAGAAGCCGGUUAACACAGCUGGGUGAGGAGAAGAACCAGAGCCAGCUGAAGCUCCGACAGCUGGAGGAGGAGAUCUCCUCAGAGCAGGAGGUCCGGCUGCGUCUGGAGAAGAACGCAGCGGCGCAGGGAGACCGAUACGACCACGAGAUCCAGCAGCUGCAGGUGAGGGACCAACAUUCACACACCUGUCUCAUUCUACCUGUUUCAUAAA